ACCUGGAAAUAGUCGUAGGAGCAUAGUCCCUUUUAGGUCCUGACCUCGGGAAAGAUGGCCGCCGUUGAGGAGGCUGAGGUGAAAGUGGACGGCGGAGAGGCGAAACUGAGUAAGAAGUGGUGAUAAUCGUUAGUUCCAGGGUAUUCUGCCAUGUUGAUGCAAGCUGCUGUAAGGCUUGUUAGGGGGUCCCUGCGCCAAACCACCUGGGCACAGUGUGGUCAGAGGGUGCUGCGACUGGGUCAACUUGCUCCUUUCACAGUGCUUCAGAAGGACAAGCCACUUUCUGAUAAAAGAAGUGAGCUGAAGAGACGCCUAAAAGCAGAGAAGAAAGUGGCAGAGAAGGAGGCCAAGCAGAAGGAGCUUAGUGAGAAACAGCUAAGCCAGGCUGCUAGUGCAACCACCAACCACACCACGGACAAUGGUGUGAGCACUGAGGAGGAAAGCGUGGACCCAAAUCAAUACUAUAAGAUCCGCAGUCAAGCAGUCCACCAACUGAAGGUCAAUGGGGAAGACCCAUACCCACACAAGUUCCAUGUGGAUAUCUCGCUCACUCACUUCAUCCAAGAGUACAGUUACCUACAGCCUGGGGACCACCUGACUGACAUCAACUUAAAGGUGGCAGGUAGGAUCCAUGCCAAACGAGCUUCUGGGGGAAAGCUCAUCUUCUAUGACCUUCGAGGAGAGGGGGUGAAAUUGCAAAUCAUGGCCAAUUCCAGGAAUUAUAAGUCAGAAGAAGAGUUUAUUCAUAUCAAUAACAAACUGCGUCGAGGAGACAUAAUUGGUGUUCAGGGGAACCCUGGAAAAACCAAGAAGGGAGAGCUGAGCAUCAUUCCCUAUGAGAUCACACUACUGUCUCCCUGUUUGCAUAUGUUACCUCAUCUUCACUUUGGCCUCAAAGAUAAGGAAACACGAUAUCGUCAGAGAUAUUUGGACUUGAUCCUGAAUGACUUUGUGAGACAGAAGUUUAUCAUCCGCUCUAAGAUCAUCACAUAUAUAAGAAGUUUCUUGGAUGAGUUGGGAUUCUUAGAGAUUGAAACUCCCAUGAUGAACAUCAUCCCAGGGGGAGCGGUGGCCAAGCCUUUUAUCACCUACCACAAUGAACUGGACAUGAACUUAUAUAUGAGAAUUGCUCCUGAACUCUACCAUAAGAUGCUGGUGGUUGGUGGCAUAGACCGGGUUUAUGAAAUCGGACGCCAGUUCCGGAAUGAAGGAAUCGAUUUGACUCACAAUCCUGAGUUCACCACUUGUGAGUUCUACAUGGCCUACGCAGACUAUCACGAUCUCAUGGAAAUCACAGAGAAGAUGGUUUCAGGGAUGGUGAAGCACAUCACAGGUGGUUACAAGGUCACCUACCAUCCAGAUGGCCCUGAGGGCCAAGCCUAUGAAAUUGACUUCACUCCACCCUUCCGGAGAAUUAGCAUGGUGGAGGAGCUUGAGAAAGUCCUGGGGGUGAAGCUGCCAGAAUCGAACCUUUUCGAAACUGAAGAAGCUCGCAAAAUCCUCGAUGACAUCUGUGUAGCAAAAGCUGUUGAAUGCCCUCCACCUCGUACCACAGCCAGGCUCCUUGAUAAGCUUGUUGGAGAGUUCCUGGAAGUGACUUGCAUCAAUCCCACAUUCAUCUGUGAUCACCCACAGAUUAUGAGUCCUUUGGCCAAGUGGCACCGCUCUAAAGAGGGCCUGACUGAGCGCUUUGAACUCUUUGUUAUGAGGAAGGAAGUGUGUAAUGCCUACACUGAGUUGAAUGACCCCAUGCGGCAACGGCAGCUUUUUGAAGAACAGGCCAAGGCCAAGGCCGCUGGUGAUGAUGAGGCCAUGUUCAUAGAUGAGAACUUCUGUAUCGCCCUGGAAUACGGGCUGCCCCCGACAGCUGGCUGGGGCAUGGGCAUCGACCGAGUCACCAUGUUCCUCACAGACUCCAACAACAUCAAGGAAGUACUUUUGUUUCCUGCCAUGAAACCCGAAGAUAAGAAGGAAAACACUGAUACACUGGAGAGCACCACAGUUGGUACUUCUGUCUAGAAAAUGAUAGCAAGUCAUGAAAUGAUAGCAAGUCAUGUCAAUCUUUGCAUUUCUGCAAAGGAUCCAGGUCUGCGAGGGAAUUUUCGUGUGUUGCUCUCCGUUUGAUUACCACAGUUCAGAUACCAGAAGAGAUAUGAGGAAUUAAGAAUUCCCUUUAUUCCUUAUUAUCAAAUAAACCACUUGUCUCACA